ACUUAUCUAGCGGUGAAAGCUAGCCUCCCAGACAUCCUCGUCUCUGCCGGAAGCAGAGAAGAGGCUAAAAUGGCGAUAAAAAUGGAUAAGACGACGAUCAUCGUGUGCUCAGUGGUAGGGUCUCUAGGUGUGUUGAGUGCCAUCUUGUGGUUCUUUGCAGAGAGGACAAAGCUCCCUCGUGUACUGGAGUGUGGAGACGUCUGCAUCUGCCCGCUGAACCCGGCGCUCGGGCUGGGGGUCCGCGCCGCCACCUUCCUGCUGGUGGCCCAGAUCACCUUCUCGGCGGCCGGUGGCUGCUGCGGCUGCUGCAAGUCCCGCUCCAUCCCUUCGGAGACCAAGCGGAUCGUCGGCAUCGUGUGCGCCGUCUUCUCUUGGAUAGCGGCGGUGAUCGCGUGGGCGCUGCUCAUAGCUGCAGCGUUGUCCAACGUGGUGCGGGAUCCCGCGUCGUUGUGCCCCUACGUCAAGAACGGCAUCUACGCCUGCGCGGGAGUGCUCGCCCUCGCCGCCACAGCGCUCGGCAUCACCUCAUUCUCCAUGCUGCGUCGCCAGCCGGUGGCGCCGGCAGCGGCCGUCGUCGGGGCCGGGGCACCAAACAAGCCAGGCGAGCAAUCGCCGCCGCCUGCCAUUGUUGUUAUGGGCCAGCCUCUGUUUCCACAAGCGAGUACUCCUGAGCCACAGCAGCCUUCGGAGUCUCAUCAGGUUCCUCCUAAUGCUGCCCAUCCGCGAGAAUACGGAGAAGCACCACAGAACCCACAGUCCCCUCCUCCUGCUGCUGCUCGAGACAAUGGCCCCACCUCCCACGCAUCGAACCAGGAGUUCCCUGCUCAAGAGCGCCCAGCUGAUGCGGCAGCGGCACCGCCGGCGGUGGCAUCCGCACCUCCAGAAGCAGGCCGUCCAGGAGAGCUGCCGCCACCGCCACCGCUCGGGGUCGCGGUGGGCCAACCGGUGGCCCAGCUCCCGCUGCAUCAACUACACGUGCCGAAUGUUAUUCCAGCGCCUCAGGUCGGCGUGGAGAUUCGGGUCUGUUAGUUAAUCUACUACUUACCGUUGCAUAAACUGCAUGUAGAUUGAGUCAUAGGUUGUUAUCGGGUCAUGGGUGGCCAGAGGCGUGCUUGUUCACGGCGUGGCCCGAGUCAUUCGCGUUCUUGUUUGAGCGCCACGGCGUGCAGGGCGGCACGUAGCGCACGCGUUGGAAAAACGGCGCGUCGUGCACCUUGCGCAUCGUGGCGUGGAGUCCGGGCAUCCAAUGCCCAUGUAUGCAUGUUCCCUUUCAUAUAAAUGCAUAACGAAAAACCGAGAAGGCUGC